AUAUAUAUCUGAAUGUGUAUAUCAUAGUCAAACAACCAUUUUAAAUUCAAUAUAUUGUCCUAGCAAAAUAAAAUAUCAGAUGGCAUAAGUGUAAAAAGAGAACCCAAGAAUAAGGUCACAAUCUUCCAGCUUAUAAAAACCAUCUCAUAGGACUCAACCUCAUCAAAGUCAUAACACUCUCCUUCAAACAUAGUCAGAGAAAACACAGCAACUAUUGUCUGUAAAAAAACAGAGAGAGAGAGAGAAAAUAGUAGAGAGAGCGAGAAUGGAUCAAAUGGUGUUGGGCUCUCAAGUGUACCCCUACACAACACAAACCCAUAGCCAGUGCAUCAUCGUUAACCAGAUCGAUGGAGCACCGUCAGGCGACGGAUCAAAGCCGGUGAAGCGGAGGAGGAAGAGGAGAAGCAAAGGGUCGUCAGCCACCAACGAAGAUGACGUGGCGACGAUUGGAGCGAUGUUGAGGAAGAGGAAGUUGACCGAUGAGCAGAUGAAUAUGCUGGAAUAUAGCUUCGAGAACGAGCACAAGCUUGAGUCAGGGAGGAAAGAGAAGAUCGCCAGAGAGUUAGGUCUUGAUCCCAGACAGGUGGCUGUUUGGUUCCAGAACCGCCGUGCACGGUGGAAGAACAAGAAACUCGAGGAAGAGUACGCCAAACUCAAGAGCCAACACGACACCGUCCUCCUCGGCCAAUCUCACCUCGAGUCUCAGGUACUAAUACUGACAGAACAGCUGACCGAAGCUCAAAACGAAAUUCAAAAACUUUCGGAACGACUUGUCCAAGAGACGUCAACAAACAGUUCAAGUUCAUCUCUUUCUGUUGAAGCCAACUACGCACCUAUUGAGUUCGAGUUUGCCCCGGUGGAUACAAACUACAACAUCCCAUUUUACAUGAUGGACAAUAAUUAUCUACAAAACAUGGAGUAUUGGGAUGGCUUGUAUGUGUAAUUUCAAAACUAAAUGUUAGGAGUCUAUGUAUGAAAAGCAUGUUCUUAUAAUUUGAUGUAGAAAUAGAUGUCGGCCAAGUUGUUGUAAAUGUAGUGUUAUUUAAGUAUUUACUACUGUAUAAGUUUCGUUUUCACU